AUGGCCACAGCUAGAGACAGGGCCAGGGCUCUGAAUUCUCUCCCACAGGCGCUAGGCGCGUGGUCCUUGCUCAUAUGGCUCAGGGUCUAACUGAGCGUCUAUCCUGGGGCAAUUAGGCGGAAUUUUGCAGGCGUCUCUGUUUUCCUCACAGAAUUUCUGGCCACCGCUAGGCGCCGCCGGACUCAGCAGAGCCCAGCUCGCAGUGAGCGGAGCGCUCAGCCUGGCUGGGCUGGAGGCUGCUCGCUCUUUGAUCCUCCUGCUGCGGGGGUCAGGAGCGGGCGCCGGGGACCCGGCUCGCUCGAAGGGUAACUCAUCGGUAGCUUGCAAAUCUGCAGGCAAUGAUGUAGGCUAAAUUUUUAUUUAAAAAAAAUUGCUGAGCACUUCUUAGCUAGACAGAACUUUUUAGUAUCAUUCAAUGCCUAACAUUGCAGAAGGUGAAAGGGAGAAUGGUUCUCGACACAAAGAAAACAGACCUGAAAAAUCUCCAGAAGCUACUCUUCAUAAUGAUGUAAAGCCAUAUUGCACUUCAGAUGCAUCUGCUGCGUCACUGGGUCCUACUGGAGAUGGGCAUUAUCCAUGGGGAUGUCCUGUGACUCACACCCGAGAAAAAAUUUAUACUAUCUGCUCAGACUAUGCUUUUUUAAACCAGGUAACGUCUGUUCAUAAAAGUCCAAGUGCUACAGUUAGUGCCUGCCUCCCAGAUAGUGCUGCCUUAAAUGUUGGAAAUAAUACACCUAACUUCAUUGGCAUUCAAAGUGGAACUUCUGAGAUAAUCUAAGAAGACACUAACUUGGAAAAUUUAUCUAGUAUUGGAAAGCUUCCACUGGCAUGGGAAAUUGACAAAUCAGAGUUCAAUGGAGUGACCAAAUCUGAAAAAGAGCAGGCAGGAAACAUGAAGAAACAAGUAACAAAGAAAAAAUCUUUGGACAAAAAAAGCAAACAAUACAGGGAGUGUUCUCAACAUUCCACUGUUGAAGAAAUAAAGCAGCGGAAAGUGCUCGACCUCAGGAGAUGGUAUUGUAUUAGCCGACCACAAUAUAAGACUUCCUGUGUUUCCUCUCUAGUGUCUUGCUGGAUACUAUAUAGCAUACUGGGGGCUGGAAACCUGCCACCUAUUACUCAAGAAGAAGCCUUGCAUAUUUUGGGCUUUCAACCCCCAUUUGAGGAAAUUAGGUUUGGUCCCUUUACAGGAAAUACAACUUUAAUGAGGUGGUUUAGACAGAUUAAUGAUCAUUUCCAUGUAAAAGGCUGUUCAUAUGUUCUAUAUAAACCUCAUGGGAAGAACAAGACAGCUGGAGAAACGGCUGCAGGGGCCUUGGUAAAGUUAACACAAGGACUGAAAGAUGAGUCGAUGGCCUAUAUCUAUCAUUGCCAAAAUCAUUAUUUUUGUCCAAUUGGAUUUGAAGCUACCCCUGUAAAAGCUUGUAAAGCAUACAGAGGUCACCUCUUGCAACAAGAAGUGGAAUAUUGGAUCUUAAUUGGAGAACCAAGUAGAAAACACCCUACCAUUCACUGUAAAAAGUGGGUAGAUAUUGUUACUGACCUGAACACUCAAAAUCCAGAAUACUUGGAUAUUCGACACCUGGAGCGGGGUCUGCAGUACAGAAAAACAAAGAAGGUAGGAGGAAACCUGCAUUGUAUCAUUGCUUUUCAGAGACUUAACUGGCAAAGGUUUGAUCCUUGGAACUUCCCAUUUGGAAACAUUAGACGAGAUAUGCAACCACAAGCACAGGGAAUUGCCAAAUCUGAAAGCGAAGACAAUAUCACCAAGAAACAGCAUGGACAUCUGGGUAGAUCUUUCAGUGCGGGUUUCCAUCAAGAAUCCAUGUGGAAGAAGAUGUAUAAUCUUCAUGGGAGGAGGAACAGUGGAUAUCAGAGUUAUACUGAUUAUGAAGGGAAUGAUAGAACAAUGGGAGUUCAAGGACUUUGGAAACUGCUUGAAUGCUCUGGAAGACCCAUAAACCCAGAAACUUUGGAAGGAAAAAUUCUUGCUGUUGAUAUUAGCAUUUGGUUGAAUCAAGCAGUAAAAGGAGCAAGGGACCGUCAUGGUAACACCAUACAAAAUGCUCACCUACUCACUUUGUUCCAUCGACUCUGCAAGCUGUUAUUUUUUCGAAUCCGGCCUGUCUUCGUUUUUGAUGGGGAGGCACCACUACUGAAGAGGCAAACUUUGGCAAAACGAAGACAAAGAAAAGAUUUGGCAGUCAGUGACUCUAAGAAAACUACUGAAAAACUCUUGAAAACUUUCCUGAAAAGACAAGCUAUCAAAACAGCUUUAACAGGCAAAAGCAAUGAAGCACUGCCCAGUAUUUCACAAGUUCGAAGAGAAGAAAUUGAUGAUAUGUAUGUAUUGUCUUCUUUACAAGAGGAAGAAAAAAAGAGUUCAGAAGACGAAGAUGAAAAAGAGUGGGAAGAGAGAAUGAGCCAAAAAAAAAUAUUGCAGGAAGAAUUCUUUGACAAUCCUCAUUCUGUAGACAUUGAAUCAGAAGACUUCAGCAGUCUGCCUCCAGAAGUGAAACAUGAAAUCCUGACAGACAUAAAGGAGUUUACAAAGCGACGAAGAACAUUAUUUGAGAGAAUGCCAGAGGAGUCCAAUGACUUCUCACAAUACCAACUCAAGGGUUUGCUUAAAAAAAACAAUCUAAAUCGAUACAUAGAAAAUGUGGAAAAAGAGAUGAGCCAGCAGGACUCAGGCCACAUCCAGACCGAGUAUGAAAAUGAGGGAGGCUUCAUGAAACAAGUGGAAAGCAAGAGGGUAAUCUCUGAAGAUACUUCUCACUACAUUCUGAUAAAAGGUAUUCAAGUAAAGGAAACCACCAGUACCCACUUAGAAACUCUUUCAGUUGGGCAUUCUUCCACAGGACCUGAAUAUAAUAUACCUGAUAAAUUACAAAAUGAAAUGGAUUCUAAUGCCAAACCACCUUCACCUGAAAAGUUAAAGACAGAGAAUGCUAGCAAUGCAGUUGGAGCACCACCUUCUCCCAGGACUUUGCUUGCUAUACAGGCAGCUAUGUUAGAAAGCAGCUCAGAAGAGGAGCCAGAGGAUGAAGAUAAAAGGCAGCUGAAUUUGGACCAAGCCACUCUCUGCCCCAGUAUAGCUGAAGACAGUGUAUCACCAAGAACACUACAGGCUGCUCAGCAAGCUGUAAGUGGUAGUGGUGGUGACGAUAUGAGAGCAGUUAUUACCAUUAGUGCUGAUAGAACACGAAUGGAAAUGUCAGGAGUGAAGAAUCUUAUUAGUAGCUCAGAUGAGGAAGAUGAGGUUCCUAAAAUUAAGGAUGGAAAGGAGCCGCUACUUUUACCUACCGUUCUUUCAACAAACACCGUCCUUAUGCAAGAAACAAGUCAGUCAGAUUUUUUCCCGAUUCCUGUAUCUAAAGGCGUGUCCACGCCAUGUGUUAAAAAUGACUCCUCUGUUGAAAUCAUUAGAAUAGAUAACGAAGAGACAGAAGAUGAACAAGAUUAUACUUCAAAAGUGGAGUCAUAUUCUCUGCAAGAAAAUACGAAUAUUUGCAUGCAGAAAUCAAUAAGUUCCACAACAAAGACCAUUUCGGUAGCUAUGAUUCAUUUAGAAACUACAGAAAUUCCCAACAACGGGGAGUCUGAAAAUAUAGAGUGUGAUUUACCAAAAGCUGAAAAGAAUACUUCUGAGCUACAGCAUCCACUUUCAGUCACUCCAGAAAUAGCAAAUUCUGAUGAGGAAAGAGUACAAAGGAAAUCACAGUUUGAAGAUAGUGAUUCAGAUGGUACGUGGAAUGUGCUGAUUUAUAAAUCAGAAGAACUUUCCGAUACUACGCUUAAUAUUCCAACAGUAUUCAGUCUUUCUGAUUGUCAAAAAGAAAUUCAUCAUUUGGAAAUUUUUCUUGACAAAAACCCAGCAGUGUAUCAAAGCACAGUAGGUAGCUUUAUUGAAGUGGACAGUCAAAGUAGUAAUGACACUGGGCUUCCAGGUGAAAUAUUUAAAACAUCACAUGCUCCCUCUGAACCUGAUGAGACAUUGGCUGUUGAAGCAGCAGCUACAGAACUGGAGAAGGAAGGAGAAGAUGGUGCCACAGAGAACCUCCUUAAAGACGCUGAAGAAGUGCAGUUGACUAUUCAUCAGAAUGCUGAAACCGAAAAAGACAGGGAAGAUGCAGUGAAUGAGUGGCAAGAUAUUAGUUUGGCGGAAUUGGAAGCUCUGGAAAACAACCUUUCUGUUGAGCAAAACGUGCUUCAGGCUCAAAAACAACAGCAGGAGCGUAUUGCUGCCACUGUAACAGGACAGAUGUUCUUGGAAAGUCAGGAGCUUCUCCGUCUGUUUGGUGUUCCUUACAUUGAAGCACCUAUGGAGGCAGAGGCUCAGUGUGCUGUCUUGGACCUUACUGAUCAGACAUCUGGGACGAUCACUGACGAUAGUGAUAUUUGGCUAUUUGGAGCACGGCAUGUUUAUAAAAAUUUCUUCAGUCAGGACAAGUAUGUGGAAUAUUACCAAUAUGUGGAUAUUCAAAACCAGCUAGGAUUAGACAGAAGCAAGUUCAUUAAUUUGGCCUAUUUGCUUGGAAGUGACUACACUGAAGGAAUACCAUCUGUUGGCUGUGUAACAGCAAUGGAGAUUUUAAAUGAAUUCCCUGGCCCUGGAAUGGAACCUCUCUUAAAAUUCACUGAAUGGUGGACUGAGGCUCAGAAGAAUAAGAAAAUAAGAUCCAAUCCACAUGAUACCAAAGUAAAGAAAAAACUGCAGCAACUGCAGCUGAGUCCUGGCUUCCCAAAUCCAGCAGUAGUAAAAGCUUACCUGAAACCUGUGGUGGAUGAGUCAAAGGGGUCAUUCAUCUGGGGAAGGCCUGACGUAGAACAGAUCAGAGAAUUCUGUCAGAGUUGCUUUGGCUGGACUAGAACAAAGACAGAUGAAGUCCUUUUGCCUGUACUUAAACAGCUGAACUCACAACAGACUCAACUUCGAAUUGAUUCAUUCUUCAGACUAGCACAACAUGAAAAGCAAGCCAUUAAGAGCCAGAGACUUCGAAGAGCUGUAACUUGUAUGCGGAGGAAAGAAAAAGAAGCAGCAGCUGAUGAGGCUAUUGCUGUUGUAGAAAGAGAAUUCAAACACGGUGAGAAAACUAAAGGAAAAAUAGCUGUCCAAGACACAACAGAUCGAGCUACUGCAGCACAAAGCCAAAGGGUAAAAAGGAAAAAACAUUCAAAGUCCGAAGAGGAGAGUUUCCAUGGAGGCGGUUUCAUUGGUGAGUUGCAGCUGUCAGAAGCAUCCAGUGGGUCUUCAGGGGAGGAUUCUGAAAGCAAAGUUUUAAGUAAGAGCAAAAGAGGAAAAACUGUCAAGGAAUCAGCAAUUCAGAAAAUCACAGCGAGACAGGAGGAAGACAUGAAUAGUAGCUCAAGUGGUGAGGAUGAAGAUGAAGAAAGCACAGUCAUGGUGACUGCCCGAUCUGUGUUUGAGGGCAAAAAAGGGAAAUCAUGGAAUAAGAGAGGAAGAAAAAAGAAAAAGUGCUAACUGUGGGUUUUUUGUGUUUUAUGAUCAAGUCUUGAUUUGUACUCUAAGGAAUUCUAUGGUAGAAAAGAAUAAAUGUAAAUUAUCCCUUG